CUUGGACUUGCAACAGGGAGCAGCAGAUGGUCCUCAUUUCAUCAUGGGCUGCAAUACAUCUAAAAGGGUUGCUGCAGCACAGCUGUCUUCUGAGGAGCUACAGAACAACCAUGAAGCCAGAAUCCAGACUACAAGUGACAGUGCUGACAAAACAUGGGCUGCCACCUCACACGAAGGGGCAGCUUGGACAGGGGACACUUCAGAGAAUGGAAGCAAACUUGAAGUUGAAGCCAGCGAGGGAGGCUUUCAUGAGAAAUCAACAGAAAGAUUUACACCGUCAGAAAAAAGAAGCAACGCACAAAGCACAGAUGCACUGCUCACCAGUGGGUUCAUCAGCAAAUCACGGCCCUUACAAGAAACAGAGAGACAAAAAUCAUCAGACAUUCUUGAGGAGUUGAGGAUGCAGGGAAUAAUCGGGAGCCAAAGUACUGCUGCCAGGACUGGAGAAGCACACGAAAACAAGAGAGAUGCCCUGGAAAAGAUGCUGAAGAAACCACCAGCUAGGCUGGAAAAAAUGUGGUUUGGAAACAAGGAAGUGAAUGAUUUUACAGCAAAGGACAUGAAGGCUGCUGAAGAGAAAGGAAAAAAAAAAAAAGAGGUUAGGGAAAAGGAGCUAAACAGGAGACCACACCACAUUGCAUUUUAUCCAGCAACAGCCCACCAAACUACAGGUAAACAGACUGAGGACUGCCCAAGUUUUCAAAGUCAAGAAAGCACAGAUGCCCCUCAGUCAUCACCUUUACAUGGUGAGAUAAAUGUACUGCUGCAGGAAAUAACUGCAGAAGAAACCACAAAUUAUUACACUGAGGACUUUACCAUUGAGUCUGAUAUAACUUACAACUGUAUCAAUGAAACAAUCUGGAUUUAA